AUCACGCCACAGUUCAAUUCAAUUCAUUUCAUUCCAGUGCCAGAGGCCGACGUGUGCACACGCUUCGUUUUAACUCACCAAAACCAACUUUCAUAAAACAAAAUGGACUUCAUCGGCAAGAAAUACAAGAUGACCUCUUCGGAGAACUUCGACGAGUUCCUGAAAGCGAUCGGUGUUGGCCUCAUCACCCGUAAGGCGGCGAACGCGGUUACCCCCACGGUGGAGAUCCGUCAGGACGGUGACUCCUACUCGCUCGUUACCUCCUCCACUUUCAAGACCACCGAGGUUAAGUUCAAGCCUGGUGAAGAGGUCGAUGAGGAACGUGCCGAUGGUGUUAAGGUGAAGUCGGUGUACACCUUCGAGGGCAACACCUUGAAGCAGGUGCAGAAGUGCCCCGACGGUUUAGAGAUCAACUUCGUCAGGGAAUUCGGACCCGAAGAGAUGAAAGCUGUGAUGACAGUGAAGGAUGUAACAUGCACCAGAGUGUACAAGGCGCAGUAAACGCGAGCUUACAAGACUGCGGGCGGCCGCUCGCCCUUCAAAAUUAAAAAUUCCUACAUUAUUUUAUAUUACAAUAUAUUUAGCACAACUAUUUACGUAAAUAGCCCUAAGUCGACGGUUAAGGUCUGCUUGUGACUUUGGUCUGAAUAUGUAUGUUGUAGAGCUUGGUUUGCCAAAGUUAGGUUAUGACGGCGCUGGGUGGUUAAAAUCUUACACAUUUGUUGUAUAAGUUUUUCAUUUCAUAUUUAAAUAAAUAGUUUUGUAUUAA